CUCGGACUCUACUGCAGCUUGCACUGCUUGCCAGCUUCGCUGUUUGCCACGUACCCAAUAUCCCUAGUACCCUCCUUCCCACUACAAACCUCAAGACCUGAGCUCUACCACAACUCUACCCACUAUGAACCCCUCAAAGUCGCUCCGCGGAAUCGGCGUCGAUCGAGAUGACUUCAAGAUACUCCCCGAGCCCACUAUGAAGGGCCUGGCGGAGUACAUGAAGGGGAAGGACUGUCGGAAGGUUGUGCUUAUGUUAGGAGCUGGCGUUAGUACGGCUGCUGGUAUACCAGACUUCCGUUCUCCCAAGACUGGUCUAUACCACAAUCUUGCGCGCCUUAACUUGCCGUACCCAGAAGCCGUCUUUGACAUGACCUUCUUCCGCAAGAACCCAGAGCCCUUCUACUCCCUCGCCCAAGAGCUCUACCCCGGCAAGUACAAGCCCACACUCACGCACGCCUUCAUCAACCUGCUCUACAAGAAGAACAAGCUGCAGAUGUGCUUCACGCAGAACAUCGACACGCUCGAGCGCAUGGCGGGCGUGCCGGAGCACAAGAUUAUCGAGGCGCACGGGAGCUUUGCGACGCAGAAGUGCAUCGAGUGCGGCAAGCCGUUCGAUGGGAAGCUCAUGAAGGAGUAUGUCCAUCGGGGACAUGUGCCACGAUGUUUGGAUUGCGGCGGGCUCGUCAAGCCUGAUAUCGUGUUCUUCGGCGAGUCGCUCCCCCCAGCAUUCUCCAAGUCCGUGCCCAUGAUACCCCUCGCCGACCUCCUCAUCAUCAUCGGCACCUCCCUCACCGUGCACCCCUUCGCAUCCCUCGCGAACAUGCCCGGCGAGCUCUGCCCGCGCGUGCUCAUCAACAUGGAGCAGGUCGGCAACAUCGGCCGCCGCAAGGACGACGUCGUGCUCCUCGGCGAGUGCGACAAGGUCGUGCGCGACCUCUGCCGUGAGCUCGGGUGGGAGGACGAGCUGAUCGAGCUGUGGAAGGCGGUGCAGGGCGAGGAGGAGCCGGCGAAUGAUAAAGAGGCGGAGAAGGUGGGCCUGGAGAAGGCCGAGGCAGGGAGGAAGCAUGCGGAGGAGGAGGCGAGGCGGAUCGCGGAGAAGGCAGCAGCUGUGGAGGAGAAGCGGAGGGCUGUCGGGUCAACAGUUACGGAGCGGAUAUCAGAGAGGCAGGUGAAGGCGUCGCAGGAAGAUGAGGUGGACAAUCUUGCGGAAGCAAUCAACAAGGAGCUGCAUCUUGGGGGUGAGGUCGCGUCUGCAUCACUCGCAGCCACUCUGGCCGAGAGUGAAGCUGCAGACGCGGCACUUGCGCCUCCACAAGACGAGCAAUUUCAUAUCACCGGCAUUCCAAGAGACGAUGCGUCUGAAGCUGGCGAGGAACCGAGUGAGAGGAUGGCGGAGAAGCCUCUCGAUCUUGAAGAAGUUCGCAAGCACGAGGAGGACGGUGACAAAGCCCUCGAGCAGAGGCUGUAAGAGCUCGGUCACCGUAGUGUGUAGUAGUAUGUAGCCCUGUACCGUAUCACGUUGUAUCUUAGCGACGAAUGUGUGUACUUUAUAUUUCGCACUUGCCAUAAUUUGGGCGAUGUAACGCUGACUCCCGA